ACCCAUGUUGCUUGGAAUCAUACUGCUGCUCCUCCAAACCUCCACACUGAGCCUCCAUAUGCACCAUACACAAUACACACAGCCUUGUAUCAAUGCACAUCUAAUCAAAAUGUAUUGAUAAAUCUGAUAACGAAAAGUAAACACUGACCCCAAGCUGCGCUCCUAUGAAGUUUGGAUGAAGCUUACAAAUCAGCGUUAACUCACUUGACAAUAUACUGUAGAACCUGAUACAAGGCUCUGGUGUACAUUUCGUCUUGCUCCAGUGAUACAGGCAGCAGAGGUCACAAGAAUAUCGGAAGAGAGGGAACAGGUCACAGGAGGAAGAAUAGAAGGAACAGGCAACUGACAACAGGUCACAGGAGGAGGAAGAGGAGCAGACGCAGCAGAGCGGCCGGCAAGCGUGAGCAUGACAGCCACGUAGACACCUGUGAGCACCUGUAUUUGAACACUGAACACCUGACUGUACUCGGCGUGUGUACCCAACGCAGCCUGGUGGUGGUGGUGGUGGUGCGGCAAGGUAAUUACAAUACCAGGGUGCCAGCUCAAUACAGCCCUCUCUUCACCCCGGCCUGCAGCUAGGUGUCAGUGUGAAGCCAUGAGUGAGGAAGGCAAGGAGAUGGUGGUGAUGGUGACGGGUGGCUCUGGCCUGGUGGGCAAUGCCAUCAGAAUAAUGGUGGAAAAGGACCAGCGGCCGGGAGAGAAGUGGAUAUUUCUCAGCUCCAAGGAUGCCAAUCUUAUGAGCAUGGACGAGACAAAGGCUGUCUUUGAGAAACAUCACCCAACACACGUCAUACACUUGGCUGCCAUGGUUGGUGGUUUGUUUCGCAACAUGAAGUACAACUGUGACUUCUGGCGCAACAACAUGCAAAUCAACACUAAUGUGUUGGAGGUGAGCCACCAGAUGGGUGUGAAGAAAGUGAUUUCUUGCCUCUCCACCUGUAUCUUCCCAGACAAGACCACUUAUCCCAUUGAUGAGACUAUGGUCCACAAUGGGCCUCCUCAUUCUUCCAACUAUGGGUACAGCAUGGCCAAGCGGAUGAUUGACGUCAUGAAUCGGGUGUACCAUGAGCAGUAUGGGUGCAAGUUCACCUCGGUUAUCCCCACCAACAUUUACGGCCCCUAUGACAACUACAAUGUGGAGGAUGGGCAUGUGCUCACUGGCCUCAUCCACAAGGUUUACUUGGCCAAGAAGAAUGGCACUCCCUUCACAGUGUGGGGCACUGGCAAGCCCCGCCGCCAGUUCAUCUACUCCCUUGACUUGGCCCGGCUCAUGAUCUGGGUCACCAGGGAGUAUGAGGAGAUCUCUCCCAUCAUCCUGUCUGUUGAUGAGGAGGAUGAGGUGUCCAUCAAGGAACUGGCUGAGAUGGUAGUGGAGGAGAUGGACUUCAAGGGUGAGGUGACUUAUGACACCUCCAAGGCUGACGGACAAUUCAAGAAGACUGCCAGUAAUACUAAGCUACGAUCAUACCUGCCAGACUUCAAAUUCACUCCUAUCAGGCAGGGGAUCAAGGAGACAGUGGAAUGGUUCACUGCAAAUUAUGAGACGGCAAGGAAAUAGAGAAACACAAGUCCACCACUUUACCAGCUGGGCCAUAAGACAUCACUAAGGCCUGAAUGGUCUUUGGGCAUCCUUGACUGUCCAGGCACUACACUGAGGCAUCAGACCAUCAAAAUGUGGUGUUUCUUACUGUGUGUACUUCAUACUGCCGAAGUACAUGAUAGAAAGGGAAAUCUCAGCUCUCAUGUUGAAUCUAGCAUUCAAGGAAGCUGUAUGGCUGCAUAUGUACAUCACCUUGCAUUGCCAUUGUAUUUGCUAACAUGUAUGGAAGUGCAUAAAUGAACAGAACUUUAUAGACAUUGUUGAUUGUUAGGACUGUGUGUCUGGCUCCACAUCUUGCCUACAUUACAUUAGUCAUCCUCCUAAUGGAUAACUACUAAGAAAAGAACAUGUGAUCAUAGAACAUUUUUGUUAUGUAAUAUAUCUGUUCAGUACGUUACCAGAUUUUUGCAGUUUCCUCUUGGGAUCUGCUAUACAAGAGAGACCAAAUAACAAGCAGGAUUUUACCAUGUGUGAGGCACAGAUAAUAUCCCAGCCCCCUGAUAUCCACAGGCUCACCUUCCUCCAUGACACUACACCAACAGAUGAUUCUCACCACUACAAGUAUUGUGUUUGUGUGCCACGGUGGAUCAUCUGGCAGACUGGUCCACCACCAUCACCACCACCACCACCACCACCACCACCACCAACUCCACAGACAUCACCAUAACCAACAUUACUACUUCUACUACUACCAUGAACACCACCACCACCACUUGUACUCCCACCAGUGACUCAAAGACUAACCUGAUGAGGGAGGUGUGGGAGCUGGCACAGGGAUGAGGCAUUAGUCUUACCAGGGCCUUGAGUGGCACACAGAACUGAGAAGCAUGACACUGUGUUGUUGUUUUCUGAGUGGUGGAAAGGAGUGGCAGCACAUCAUGGGAGGAGUGUGGUGCCUGUGGGAUGGAAGCAAGGCAGUGUGACUCAAUGGUUUUAUUUGGUUUUGGAUUUAGUCUUCCAAGUAGUCACUGUUUACUGUAUGUUUAUCUUGAAUUAGGGAUCAAUACAGGUCAGUUUUUCAAUUAUCAAGUACUGUAGUAUGGAAAGCUGAAAUGAAUGGACAGAAACAAUUGAAGCAAGGGAUUUGUGCUACGGUCACACUCUUGUGAGUGUUUUAAGAUGUAGAUAUCAGAAUAAAUAUAAAUGAGUGCUUUAUGGAUGGCUGUGAUGUUGGUGGUUGUGUCUCAUGCAUGUAGAGAAAGUGGAGGCUAAAUUUUGGAAUAUCAAUAUUAUCUCCUAGGUUGCUGUCCAUUCAUCUGUUACAAUGCCUGUUCUUGGAAUUCUGCAUAGAAAUUAGUGUAGCAGGAGUCUGCACUUAAUUCUCUCCAUAUACUUCAUCAUUAUAUUCUCCAGUCUUAUCUUCUCAUAGUUUUCUAUCUUAAGUAUUCUAUUGCCAUCCUCCCACUCUUAUAAUAUAAAAGCGCCUCCCUUACUUGUGUUUUCAUUACCUCACCUGCAUUUCUUUUCACAUGAUUGAACCACCAUAGGAUGAUGCAUCACUACCCCUGCACUCUUCAUUGAUUCCUGUUUGCUAAUCAUGACAAACCUUAUCUAAUUUGUUAUUAACCACUCAAUUCAUACUACAGGCAUCUUGCAGAUAAAUGAUUUCCACUGUUUGUAACCUAUACCUUUGACUUUUGUUUUAAAUCCAUAAAAAAUUAUCCCAGCUAGGAAGAUUGCACUUGUUUAUUGAGUGACUCACAGCAUGUCAUAUGCUUGUUUUUUGCUGCACACUAAUGUUUUACCUGCUGCAGUGAGAACGCCAUGAUUUCAUCACUGUAUGAGUAUACUUGUAAUUUGUGUAUUAUAUAUAAUCUGUGAUUUUACCCAAUUCCUUAGUUACUCAUGGGAAGGAGUUUGUGUGUCCUUCCUCAUCUCUGCUUUGGUUCUUAUCACUCUUCCCCUCUAGGAUUUUCACAUAUUAUUGCUGUUUUCAUUGAAGAAAAUGGAAUUUCAUACCUCUCCAUAUAUGACAUCUUUUGUAUGGUGCUGUACUGGGAACCCACCCACACAGCCUUUUCCUGUUCCCUAUGGUAGGGAUACACAGGUGCAGCACUGAUUUGAUUUUUAAGGAGAGGUGGAUUUCAGUGGAUGUGGUGGUCAGCAUUCAGAGCUGCCUGGCUGGUAUGGUCGUCUUGUAUAUCUCCAUAAUGUUUCCACUUGAUAUAAAAUAAAUCUCUUGUUUGUGUAGGCAAGUCUGAGGCUGUUGUGGGCAGUGGAGAAAUCCAAACAGCCCUGCUUAUGGUCGGCUUGGGUGUGAGUUGACAGUUGGUGUGAAAACUGUUGGCUUUGGUUUUGGGGCAUUCAGGUGUCUUAUCCCAGCCAGCCAUUGCUUGUUGCUAAAGCAAUCACAGAAUGAAUGUCUGUUAUCUAGAUCAUUCUGUGGUCACAAUUGCCCUGCUAUCUUUACAUCCUGUUCUUCUAUGAGCUGUCUGACUGCUGCCCUGUGGAGAAUUUUCAUGGCCAUUCCAUCAGGGGAAAGGAAUUCUUGGAAACAGACAUCUGAUUUAAAAUAAAAUUCUAAAAUA